GCCGAGGAGCUUUAAGAGUUAAUUUGUAGUUUUACGAACAGAAAUAAAUCUGCUCACAUUGUAGGCUUUCAAAAAACGAAACUAUCCGUGUAUAAUUAGCCUGAGUUUCCCGAAUUACCACUGAUACGAUAUGUCCCACUGUUGUGUUAAAUGAGACUUUUGUAAUGUACGCGCGAGCGACUUUGCCGGCGUUUGUGUUGUUUGUGCUGUUAUCAUCAUCGGUAAGUGUUUGCUCAGAGUUGAGGGUUCUUCUUCGUCUCAGUGAUGGUCAAAUAACGGAGGAGGUUCUAAAAGCGGAUAGUGAAAAGGACAUCAUAACAUUGGAGUUCAAGCAGGGAGACGGGACUCUCAUCACAUUCCUGGCUGAUUUUAAACGUCAUGUGAAGAUAUUUCGUGCACUGGUGCUCGGGGAGCCGGAGAGGGGCCAGACACAGUAUCAGGCCCUCUGCUUCAUCUCCUGGUUGGAUCAUGGAGAGCUCAUCCCCACUGAAGCCAUGGCCAAACUCAGACAGAAAAACCCUCAUGUGGUGCGGAGUGCAGAUGACAGUUGUGGAUUGGAACAGCUCAGUAUGAACGCAGUGAUCAACAUGAGUCUUUCCUGGCACCUCAGUACGCACAUAUCAAAUGUGUGCAGGGACGCACGAGACCUCAUAUACACACGGCAGCAAGAUGUCAAACACUGGGUGGACAGAGGGGUCGAGGGCUCAAUAUUCGAGGUUCUUCCCCAGAGUGUGGAUGUGACUGGCUUGCAGAGCUGCAGUUCCCCAGCAGACCCAUGGCAGCCCUGCGCCUGCAGUUACAGGUUCAAUCUGGAGUGGUUCCCCUGUCAGCUGAAGUACUGUCGGGGUCAGGGUUCCAGCCCGUACAAGUGUGGCAUCAAGAGCUGCAGCAAAAGCUACCGAUUUGACUUCUACACACCCCAUAAACAGCUGUGCCUUUGGGAUGACGACACUUAAAAGCACUUGUAAGAAAGAAAAAUCUCCUUUCUCAAAAUGUUGUUUUCCUGUGUCAAUAUUUUUACGAGUUACUAAAACAAAUCUAGAGUGUAUCUAUAGUGUCGGUGGUACUGAAAAUGUGC